GAAAACUAUCCGAUAUUUUACAUGGCGAAUAGAAAGCGCCCCAGUGGCUUUGCACAAAAUUUAGACCUGGUGCUGUCGGAAAUCGAUUGUUCCAUCCGGGAAAACACGGACACGUUGCAGCAGAGCUCAGAGUCAGAAGAGGAAUGCGACAGAAACAAAGAGAGCACAUCGACUUCGUCCAACUCUUCCAGCAACGGCGACUCGGAUAGAAAGGAGGUCGGCCAGUGGAAAAAAUGGCCUUUUAAGUUAAAAAAAGAGCCCAAAAAGAGAAAAAGAAAUAAAGAUGUCGAGGCGGUGGAACUGGGAGAAAUGAGGCUGACACGUGUGCAAACCAGAUAUAAGGCGAGACUGGCUCCAUCACGAGAUGUUAAAGUCACACAGGACAGUGAGAACAAAAUCAGCUGCCCUAUCGUUGCAGAGGGACAGGGGACUAACCAGCCACCAAACGAAAACGCUGCUAUAAGCAAUUUCCAUAAUAUUUACUUUGCAGACACCGACGCUCCAAAACCGAGAGUCAACGGUCACAUUCCAACCGCGAAAUCGUCGAAUUUGCCCAACUUUGACAUAGGGAAUGACCCGUCAGAUUCCCCUUUGCAGUCUCCAGGACAUGAAAACGCCAGUGCCUCUCUUCUGUCACCAUCUAACAAUGCCAGCCUCAGCAGCAGUAGUAUAGGAAGCGGACGGGGAGACGCAGACGGUACGCCACACCCUUCCUCUCCUCGUGAUGACACAGCAAAAAUGGCCAACGGAACCACCCCUGCCUCGACUUCAAAACCAACUUCUGCUCUUAACCAUGCCCCUCCAUCACCGUCACAAACACCACCACCGCCACCGCCGCCGCCGCCACCACCAUCUAGCCAAGGCCGGUUACAGAGUUCAAACAACCAGACUGCAACGUCGAAGCCCUCAGACCAGCCCUCGGCGGAAGAGAACGUGGACGAGCCAGACUAUAUCCCACUCACCAACACCGCUCCUCAGAGUAGGUUACCCAAGGACAUAUCCGCCACUCUUAGCAACGGGGGGACGUACGGCAAUAUAGAACCAGGACAUCACUAUCCCAGAGAGAUAAAGGAAGAGAGAUUUGCCCUCUGUUGUGGCUGUGCUUCGUCCUCAAGUGCUGAUGGUGAAGGAUCGCUGCAACCUUUCCACCAGCCUGUAGCGGGCAAAUCGUUGGCGGCAAUGAUCAGUAGAGAAACCCUUCGGAGGGCGAUAGUCGACGGGACGAACAUGGACGAGAUCAAGCGAGCACUAAAGCAGUGGUUAUCUUUCUCAGAGAAGGAUGUUAACUACAACCCAAUGCUACAGGCAGCGAUAAAAAACGACUUCCAAGUUUGCCUAUUACUGAAGGAGGAGGCGCAGUUGAAAAUCGCCGACCCUCACGAUUAUUUCUGCAACUGUUAUCUCGACCGAAGCGACACGCUGAAUCACGCGCUUUAUCGUGUGAACGCGUAUAGGGCUAUGACGUCAUCUGCCUAUCUUCUCACGCAGGAAAACCCUGUAAAGACGGCUCUGGAGCUGAGGAAAAAGCUUUUCACCAUGGCGGAACAGGAUAAAGAAUUCAAGUCAGAAUACCUUGAACUGACCAAGAAAUGCGAGAUGUUUGCCUGGGAGAUGCUGGACCUGGUCCGAGGGCGAGAUGAGCUGUCCUUGCUCCUGGAUAAAUCAGCCAAUGGGUGUUCAGAAUUAGCGUUAGUGCGGGAAGUUAUGGAUGAAGGACCCAAGAAGAUUGUAGCCCACCCAUACGUCCAAAGGCACUUAAGUAUGCAGUUUUAUGGCAUGGAUCCGAAUAUAAACCGCCGAAUGCGGACCACACACAAUUUUCUGAAGACGAUCUUAAUCGUGCUGGCGUUGCCAAUUUGGAUUAUGCUGUUCCUGAUUUACAUUCUGUUCGGGGCCUUUGACACAUUGGAGAAAAAGAGUAAACUUAUCAAGUGGAACAACAUGUUCUUGAAGACCCCUUGUGUCAAGUUCUACACUGGAAGUCUCUUCUAUUUCACAUUUCUUCUGAUCCUGACCAUGUACUUUUUUCCUCAUGAUAAAACGAACGUCGCCCAUUCCACAGAUUUCCGAUGGUCCGAGUAUGCAAUAUAUAUCUACGUAAUAGGUUAUUUUGGGGCUGAGAUGAAGCAGUUGCGUCGCCAGGGGAUGCGUUACUUCCACAGCGCCUUCAACAUUCUGGAUAUCCUCUUGAUUUUCUUCUAUUUUGCCUCGUUUGUCUGCCAUAUAUUUUCAAUUGUCAAGACAAGGCAAGCUGCACUUGGUGGUGACCGAAAAACAACAGAAGCGUACACAUAUUAUUACAAGAAAGGCCGGUUCGAAUGGGAGCCAAAUGACCCAGAAAUAAUAUCAGAUGCUCUGUUUGCGUUAGCGAACAUCAUUAGUUUCUCAAGACUGGUGUACAUUUUACCGACUUUUGAGUCUGUCGGUCCACUUCUAGUUGUUUUGGGCAAGAUGAUCACAGAUGUCUUUCGCUUUGCUGCUUUGCUGCUAAUUGUGUUCAUAGCCUUCACCGUUGGACUGCACAACCACUACCACUUCUAUGCGGGCCAAACACUCCCAGAUGGGUCGGAGACUAAUUCUGCAUUUUACGGGUUCUUCAACACAUUUCGCACACUGGUGUGGUCCAUUUUUGGCUUGGGUGACUCCAGUUCCGUAAAAAUCCACAUGAAGCACGAGUUUGUGGAGAUCGUGGGAUUCAUCAUGGUGGCUAUAUUCCAUAUUGUCAUCGUUAUAAUGCUGAUGAAUAUGCUCAUUGCCAUGAUGACAAUCUCUUUUGAAGCUAUUAAUGACGACGCAGACAUCGAAUGGAAGGUUGCCAGGACAAGGUUAUGGUUAGAGUAUAUAGGGGAAGGAUCUACUCUCCCCAUCCCCUUUAACUUAAUCCCCAGCCCCAAAUGGUUGUUUUUUCUUUUUAUCAGAAAGAAAUGCAAGGGACCCAGUGAAAAGAAAAUUAAUGGAAAGGAUAAAAAACGGCGCCACUUCGACAUUAGAUAUCGGGCCCUCAUGGCUAAGCUCAUAGCAAGGUACAGCAAGAAAGCAGCAGAGGGAGAGAAAAAAAUUAUUUGACACCAACACAGACGGAGGGACCAACAGCCAAUGGAAGAGCGGGUUGAAGAAGACUCUACGUCUUUUAUGAUCAAAGUUUAUGCUCUGUAGUCUUGAUAUUUAGCAACUUGUAGUAUUUACAUUAUGGUAAUUGCUUUUAAGAAUUGCGUUUAUAUCAUUUAUGGAUUAUGGUCCAGUUUGGUUUAGAAUUAGAUAAAGUAAUUUUAAUUUAAGUUUAACUCUUUGUGAAUGUGCUCCUUGUGAAAGAUUUUUUAGCUGUUUAUGCAGCGAUACCAUUGUACAUUAUCCAUCGAUAACACUCGCUCCUAUUGUAAGCAUGCGUUUUUCAUGCUUUUACUUUAUUGGCUGGUGUAUUUUAGUGUAUUCAUAGUAUUGGUUCGAGUAAAUAUCUGCGUCUCAUAUAUCGAUGAAAAAAGAGAAAAAAGACAAAAGCACAACAACUGAAUGUGGAACUGCUUUUUAAGUUUUUGAAGAAAGUUUCUACAUGAUGAACAUUUUGAAACUGUAUGCCUAUACUUUUUAGAUUUCAGGUGCACCAUAUGUUACUUUUAAUCAGGUGUCCAACGCAGUGAUACCGUUACACUUGUGGGAGUGGACAGCAAUUUGAUCUCUAAGUGACCACAAUCCCACAAGGGCUUCAAAUGACAUAAUUCGGCCCGUUGUACGGAUG